AUGGCAACCGAAGACCUGUCCGACUCGUCGUCGUUCAACGAGCAAGACCUCAUCAAGGGACACGAAGUAGACAGCUUCCAACAGUCGAUCCUCUCGGAGGACGAGGCUCCCGACUCCGCAAACAACCCUUUUUUGAACGAAAAAUUCCGGGAAAAGUACGUGAACCUCUACGAGGAUGCGCAGUACGAGUGCCGUGGGAAGUUCGACCCGUACUUCAAGUGGUCGAAACAGGCACAGAGAAAACUAACUUUCAAGCUGGACUUCCGGGUCACGUUUCUUGCAUGCAUCUUCUUCUCGGCUUUGCAGUUGGACAGAGGCAAUUUGGCGCAGGCUGUGUCGGACAACCUCCUUGAAGACUUGAACAUGAACACCAACAACUACAACACGGGUAUGACGAUCUUCUACGUCUGCUUUCUUGCUGCGGAGUUGCCUUCGCAGCUAGUCUCGAAGAGAUUGGGGGCGGAUGUCUGGAUCCCUAUCCAGAUCACCUCUUGGUCCAUUGUCACCAUCUGUCAGUUUAGGCUCACCGGAAAGGGCAGCUUCUACGCCUGCCGGGCGUUGCUUGGAUUCCUGGAAGGCGGUUUCAUCCCUGACUUGGUUUUGUGGCUCUCCUACUUCUACACCAGUGCGGAGUUGUCCAUCAGACUCUCCUUCUUCUGGACGGCGAUGUAUGCGACCACUAUUGUGAACUACUUGAUUGCCUACGGUAUCCUACACAUGAGUGGUGUCCAUGGUAGAGCUGGCUGGGCAUGGCUCUUCUUGAUUGAAGGUUUCAUCACCUUGGCUAUCGGUAUCUCUGCAUUCUUCUUGAUGGUUCCUUCGGCUGUCCAGACCGGCAAGCCAUGGAACAAGAACGGGUGGUUGACUGAGGAGGAGCAGAAGAUUGUUGUGAACAAGAUCUUGAGAGACGACCCUUCCAAGGGUGACAUGCACAACAGACAGGGCUUGUCUUUGAAAAUGCUUUUCCAGGCUUUGUGCGACUGGCACUUGUGGCCAAUCUACUUGAUUGGUAUCUGUGCCUAUAUUCCAGAAAAUACAAUCACGGCCUACCUAACGUUGGUGUUGCGGGACAUGGGCUUCAGCACUUUCCACACGAACUUGCUAUGCAUUCCGUACAACUUUCUCAAGAUUAUUGUUCUUAUUGUGGUGACGUAUUUCAGUGAGCGCAUCACGAACAUUUUCGGCACUGCGUUGAUCCAGCCGCUCUGGGUGGUGCCUUUAGUUGGUAUUUUGAGAUUCUGGAAAGGGAGUUUGGUCAAUCACUGGGGGACAUAUGUGGUUUUGACAAUCAUGUUGGCCGACCCUUACAUCCACGCCAUGAUGGUUUCUGCAUGUUCGAGAAAUUCGCAGAGCAUCAAAACGAGAACGGUUUCGGCGUCGCUGUACAACAUGUUUGUGCAAGCCGGUAGUAUCAUAUCGUCAAACAUCUAUCGUACGCCGGACAAACCACUAUACCAUGCUGGUAACUCCGUCUUGUUUGCGUUUGGGUUGGCGAUGUUCCCUAUUUUGAUUGGCACAAAACUCUUCUACAUGUACCUCAACAAGAGACGGGACAAGAUCUGGAGCGCCAUGAGCCAAGAGGAGCGUGAUAACUACAUUACGACAACAACCGACAGCGGUUCCAGUAGAUUGGACUUUAGAUUUGCGCAUUGA